UAGAAGGAGAAGAAAAAAUAAAUAUUUUUCUGAAAAAUUUUACUCUUAAAAACAAAUCAUAUAACGAAAAUCGUUUUAUUAAAUGCGAUAUAUUUAAUUAAUUUAUGUAUUUAAUUAAUUAAAAUAGCAUUAUGAGAUCGUUAAGGGAUUUAAUAAGAAAUUUUGAUAGGUUAUUUGAUAACCAAUACUGUUCGUGCAAUACAUAAUUUACAUUUAUACUUCGAAUUUUAUUAUUUUAAAUCAAUAAGAUCGAAAAUCACGACGUAAAUAUGAUUCCGAACAAUUGCGAGCAAAACAGGAUUUGGAAAAAUGUGAAAAUAAACGGCGAAGAUCACAUGAUUUGUUUCAUGAAAAAGUACGAAUCGUGGAAAGUUCUCUUAACGAAUCUAGUAGAAAUUUGGGUGGAGACUUUGACAGAUGAAACUAUGCUCCACAAAUUUCAGAUCUUGAAUCCUCUUUUAAAUCUUGAAGCUAUUGACUGGAAGCAGAUGGUAAUGGAUAUGUUAAGCGAUAUUUCCAAAUAUAUACAUACAUAUACUUUAGAACAUUCCACAUAUCGAAUAGAGCUGCGGAAAGAUCAAGAUUUUGUAAAAUUAAGAUUCUCAUUAGAUCUUCUCAAAGAAACGCCGCAACAGUUUUGGGAAAAUGUGACGAUGCCUCUCUGCUUGUCAUCAAUGGAACUGAUUCGCCGAUAUGAAAUUCUGCUGGAUUUAGUAAAACAAAAAGAUGAAGAAAUUGCAGAAUAUAAAGCAGAAGGUGCAGAGUUGAUUAGGAAGUAUAUUGCUACAAAACCAUUCAGCGAAGAAUUGUUUCACAGUGAUACUACUGCACCAACUGCAACUGAUUUUAUAAGAACUUUCCAAUCUAUGUUCCAUUUUCAUAAUGAAAUAAUCUUGUCGACGCCAUAUCCAAAGAUAGAAUUUAGAAAAUCUUUGAACAGUGCAAGUGAUAAUAAUUCGCCAAAGAUUGAUGAAAACAUUUCACCUGAUUUUAAAGACGAAUUCAUAGAGAAGCAAGAAAAGUCAGAUGAGCAAAAUCAUUCAAAUAUCAAAGAACAAGAAGCAGGUCCCUCCAACAAAAUUCCAAUUCCAAAAAUAAGCAGCACAUCUCAUAGGAUACAUAAACUAAAGAAGAAUAAAAAAACCUUGAGCAAUUUUAUAUCGUAGUAAAAUAUCGUUUACAAUUAUUAAGUUUCAUAUCUUUGUGUAAAUUUGUUAAUAAUGAUAUUUAUUGAAAGAAAAAAAUAUUGAAGAGAUAUAUUUAUAUAUAAUUUUAAUCUAAGUCUUUGAAGAAUGAAGUCACAAAAAUUAAAUAAAAUGUAAAUGAAUAUUAUAAUAUUAUGUAGAUAAUAUAUAGAAUGGAUUCAUGCAUAAGAAAUAACAGCA